UUUGUCCGCCGUGCGAAGCGUCUAUCAAGCAACAUGGGGUCGCUCGCAAGCUGCGCAACAUCAUCGACCAAUGCUGCGCUCGACCGGAUUGUACGCUGCAUGAUGUUGGUGCUAGCAACGACCACAAAACGUACUUCCUUGAGCGAAUCAUCGGGCGUAUCCCAUGUGCCCCAUCUGGAAACGGAGUAAGCACAAGCAAGGCUGUGGACUUCAUGUGGCUAUUUAAAUGGAUGAACUAUGAGGCGUCACAGUGCACCUGGGAAGACUCCUCGAAGUUGCCGACCAACUGUGACCGGUUUAUCGCCGAAUUUGAAAGAACAGCACGUGCCGAAGGCUUCGUUGUCGGUGACCCCAUGGGAUAUAUCGUCUUGCAAGAAGGCGCGAGAGCUGGGUGGAGGAGGCCAGGAUGGUAUUAAAACGUUCCGGACUCGAAUCCCUUUCUCAAUGCUUUCCGCUUGAACGGCCGCACCGCCACGCGUAUGUUUCUUGUUUGUCUUUUGUGCGGUACACCUAUUGGUUUCUUUGUGUUAUCCUCAGACUCUCCUCAUGCAGUCCAUUUAGCUCUGUUCAGGAGCAAUUCCAUUCCUAUAUAUGCAUGGGCCCUACGCCGCAGACGAUAUUAUCUUCGAUUUAGUUUCUUGAUAGACUCGACUUUAUGUGUG